AUUGUUAUCAUUCGACUGGCGAGCUGACACUUUACAUUUGAGGAAAACGUAUUUAUCUACGUAGUUAGGGAUUUUUAGAGGAUAGCAGACGAUUAAAAGAUGGAACUGGAACAGAGGAAGUUCGUUAUUAAUUCGGAGGAAAUUUUUGAAAUGGAAAGAAAGACACUUCUUCCGUGUUCUGUUUGCGGUAGUCCUUCUACGGGGUAAAUAUUACUAUAUAUUUAGAUAGUGACCUACUUAUUGAGAGAUUUCAAUCAACCUUAAUCAGAUGCCAUUAUGGUGUGUUCACCUGCGAAGCGUGUAAAGUGUUCUUUAAAAGAAGUGCGAAAAAACACCAUCUCUACAAGUGUAAGAGAAGAAAAAACUGCAAUCCGGAUAGAGACGGAAUUUUCGCUUGCCGCUAUUGCAGAUUUAAUAAGUGUUUAGGCGUUGGAAUGUCAUUAAAUUACAUAAGACACGGGCGUUACUCUCGCGAGAAGAAACAGGUAACUUGUGAAAGAAUAGCGGAAGUUACAGAAAAGAAGAAUAUGAUGAUGUGUUCUAUACCAGCUUUGCCUAAUUUUACGGAUGCUGAUGAAAUAUUGAUGGGAUGCUGCAAUAUUAUAUCAGAUAUUCAAAACAUCGACUGGGAGAAGGAUUUCCCUCAUUUAGACAGUCUUCUCCAAGCUGCAAAAGAAGGAAUUAACAGUAUCUCUUAUCCUUUGGAACAGUAUCAUGAUAUCUUCUGUCUAUCAGGAUUAGAGGUAGACAAUAGAAGACAAUUCUCUGGAUCCGUUCAACAAAUCAUUGAAUACAAUGUUAAAAGAUGGACGAAGUAUUCAAGAAAAAUACCAGGAUUACACGAUCUAUCAGAGGAUGAAAUUUUCAGCCAUCUUUGCAGCCAUAGCGACUUAAUUUACGUCACUAUUGUAGCAUUUAAUAUCCAUAGAUGGAGCAAAGAAGACCUUACGUUAACGCUCAAUAAUCAAAGUAUACUUGUAUCUCGUAGAUCAAUAGAUUAUCUUCUAGAUAAGAGAGAUUCAAAGAUGAAGAUGAACAUCUUUGAAAAAUUUUCCACAUUAAAUCCAACAUUUGAAGAACUAACUCUUAUCAUUUUGCUCACCCUAUUAAAACCUAAUGACAAAUAUCCACAAUUUCAACACUACUAUGAUAAAAUCAUUCUAGGCUUUACUAGAUAUUUACAGAAUAUCCAUGGAAACAAUUUCAUUGGAAGGAUGAAUGACAUCGUCAAUUUUCUAUCAUUUAUGUCUAUGGAAACGUACAACGCGGGGAAAUGGAGGCCUACCGUUAAAGACUAUUACACAACGAUAUUCGCUGGCGAUAUAAUGAAAGAAUUUUGGUUUCACCCUACCAUUUCAAAACCGGAAGUGAGUAUUAAUGAUCUAAGCCUGUUAACGAAUGAUCUCAUUUUGCUAGAUGAAUAUUUAGACGAAAGUAUGUGUUUAGAUUGAUAUGCUAGAAAAGACUAUUUAAAGAACAUUUGCCUGAAUCUUGAUCAAUAUCCUCUUGUCAUAAUUCUCUGUAAAUAGGCCUAUAUUUUUGAAUCAAAUAAACAGAAUCUUUUAAAAAUUAUAA